AAUCAGCACUGACAUGCGGUGUCCUCACUACAGUGGAGCAGGGUGAAAUGCUCAGGUACUUCUGUCCUGCCUGACUCGACCCAAGAGGACCAUGAAGAGAGUUGCUUCGUACGUUUUCUUUAUUGUCCUUUGCGGUUUGGCGUUGUCCCAGCUGGAGAAAGACAGAAAAUGUUUGAGGGAGAAGGUCAUCACGUUCCCAGAGCUGACCAUCAACAACUGGGUGAAGCUGCACCCGAAUGAAUCCAUGGAUCUGUCUGCAGCCACCGUGUGUUUGCGAUUCUACACUGAACAAGCGAGUCCCAGCCCAUGUCUUUUUUCUCUGGCUACACCGUCCCACCCUCAAGACUUUUCUUUACGUUGGUCAGGUGACAGCAAAAAGUACCAGAUGUUUAUUCAUAACACCCAGGUUGAAUUCAAAGGGUUGACGUUUAACAUGAAUCAGUGGAACUCAGUGUGUGCGUCCUGGGAUGCCAACAGUGGUCUUGCACAGAUGUUUGUGAAUGAAGUAGCCAGCAUUAAGAAGGCGGUGGGCACUAAAGUAUCUUUUAAAGGAAACCCUGUCAUCACACUUGGCCAGUAUCAGACCCAAUAUGAUGGAGGGUUCCUCCAACCCUCUAUCUUCACAGGUUUCAUAGCAGAUGUGCAUGUGCAUGGACAAGUCCUGACCACCCGUCAGAUUAAGACCUACAUGGAGGCAAAGACCAAAUACAAACUUGGUGAUUACAUUAACUGGCACAAUCUGAUGUACACCAUUGCUGGGUCUGCACAAGUGGAAGAAAAGCAUCACGUAACAUUCUAAACCAAAGAAGAGAAGCAAUAGUGCUCUGUUGUACUGAACUCUUGAUGUAAUGUCACAAGAAAUUAAUAAACAUCUUGACAGUGAA